UAUAGCCACAGACACCCCCACCCCCAUAUAUUGCCAGCUCAGCACACCCAGCCUGUCAGUUCAGAGAUAAAGCGCAGAGGGAGACAGAAGGCAUUCUGUCAUCCUGAUAGCAGAAUGUCCCAGCUCGAUCCUCUGAACCCUGGAGCCAGUGAAACCCCCUGCAGGCAUGGACUCCCUGAUAUGGUGGAGUCUGACAUGGAGAAGCCCCUGCUGGGGUUAGGUAAUGCUAAACCUGCUUCAUCAUAUGACUUGUCCUGUGGAGACACUGUUGGCAUUCUGGGUACCGGUGACUUUUCUCGAUCUCUGGCAAUUCGAUUACUGCACUCAGGGUUCAAAGUGGUGAUUGGAAGCCGGAAUCCGAGACGCAGCUCAGGGCUGUUUCCAGAGGAGGUGGAGGUGGUAUUGCAGGAGGAGGCAGUGAAGAGGGUCGAGCUGCUGUUUGUUGCCAUGUUCAGAGACCAUUAUUCCACUCUAAGCAAGUUCUCAGAGGAGCUGUCCGGCAAGGUUCUUGUGGACGUCAGUAAUAAUCUGGAGACGAACCUUCACCGACAAUCCAAUGCAGAGUAUCUGGCAUCUCUUUUCCCAAAAUGUCAUGUGGUAAAGGGAUUCAAUGUAGUGUCAGCCUGGGCCUUGCAGUCUGGACCCAAGGAUGGUAAUAAGCAGGUUUUGAUCUGCUCCAACAGUCCAGACGCUAAAAACCAUGUGGUGUCCAUUGCUCGCCGGAUGGGAUUUAUUCCGGUGGACAUGGGAGCUUUGUGCUCUGCUGGUGAGAUUGAGAAUAUUCCUCUCCGUCUUCUGCCAUUGUGGAAGAUUCCGGUCAUCCUCACUAUAUGCCUUUUCACCUUCUUCUAUUGUUACAAUUUUGUGCGUGGAGUCCUGCACCCGUACCUUGUGGAAAACAAGAAUGAAUUCUACAAGAUGCCGGUCAAGGUAGUGAACACCUCCAUCCCGUGUGUCUCCUAUGUCCUCCUGUCAUUGGUUUACCUGCCAGGAAUCUUGGCAGCAUUUUACCAGCUGCACUAUGGCACCAAGUACCGUCGUUUCCCUGACUGGUUGGAUGAGUGGCUUCGGCUCAGAAAGCAGAUCGGACUGGCAUCCUUCUACUGUGCUUGUUUACACGCUGUGUACAGCCUGUGUCUUCCAAUGCGGAGGUCAGCGAGGUUCCAGAUCCUCAACGAUGCCGUGAAGCAGGUGAAGCUGAAUGUAACCAGUUCUUGGCAGGAAGAGGAGGUUUGGCGGAUGGAGAUUUAUGUUUCUCUUGGGAUUAUGGCACUUGGCGCCCUCUCACUACUCGCUAUUACCUCCUUACCGUCCAUAGGGAACUCUCUGAACUGGAGAGAAUUCCGCUUUAUCCAGUCUAAGCUGGGAUUUGUAGCCCUGCUAAUCGCCACCCUGCACACGCUCACAUUCGGCUGGAAACGAGCGUUUGAUCGGACUCAUUACAAGUUUUACCUGCCUCCAACGUAUACCCUGACUCUCCUACUACCGUUCAUAAUCAUAUUGGCCAAACUUGUCCUCUUCCUGCCAUGUGUUAACCUGAGCCUAAUGCGGAUCCGGAGGGGGUGGGAGAAGGGACAGUGCGUAACAUUUGCACACAUGCAGGAAUUAAGCGAAACGUCAAGCAAUGUUUAGCUAACCUGCCUGGAGAUUGGGAAUGAACCCAUCUCUGGGGUAUUGGAGUCUGAAUGUGGCUGCCCCCCUCCCCAGCAUAGAUCCAUUGUCAUCUGUGUCAUCGUUACUGUGGGAUAUCAUAUAUAUCACUCCGUGGACCCCCAUUGAGUUACAUCCACCGAUCCAAUAUGUAAUCUGUAAAUAGGUUUAAUCGCCAGCGCUGGGCUUUAUCUGCGGUGCCUGGGGUAAGGGAGCUUUGGGUGAAACGCUUCAUUAAACUGAAUAAGGGGAGUGUCAUUUAUCUUCCAAUGCCCAGUUGGUGGCUGCUUGUGACCGAUGUCUGCUGAAAUUCAGCACAGGAUCAUGAUUGUAAACGUUUAGUGCCCCUCCUGCCCCUUUAAUCUCUGUAGCUGAAAAGUAAAAGUGGUUCUAGCAGAUUAUAAAUGAUAUAAUAUAACUUUGUAUAUCUCCUCCUCCCAGCGGGGGGAUGUAUCCCUCGCCAGGUUACGGCCCUUUAGAACCCCAAAAUGAUGUUCAAAUCAGCACGUAUUGCAGUGCAUGCUGGGAACGCAGAAACACAGGAAAUGCUUUUACACAAAUCAAUUUGCAAAAAUGAACACGGGUUGGCUGAUUGUAAUUUUUGA